AUGGUCCUAGCCUGUGAUGGGCGGACAGGCGAGCAACGUGAGAUUGGCUACACCGGCACUCAUGUUGUCGGAAACGGCAAGUCCGUCGCAUCCUUCUCCUCCUCCUAUCCAAGCUCCCCUCAACCUUAUCCACCAUGUAAUCCAGCACGGCCAACACCGACCGGACAGGACUGGGACUGGAACUUGGUCGUGUUUUACACCCCCACAGCUGCGCUUCAGCCUAUCGGACUCGACCCUGCCACUGAUCACGACGAAAAAGGUGCACACAAAGGCGAUCAUCCACAAGUUGCUCUGGUUCAUCCGGGCAUUGACUUCAACGCGCGAGCUGAGUGA